UUUCAUGUCUCUUAUCAGUAUAUUAGGAAAUGACUUUGGCAGCAUUUGCUAUCUGUCAGUAGCUGAAGUACUUUCCGGACUUCUUUACAGACUAAGGAAUUCACCACCUGACAGGUAUGCAUGUUUAGUUGCGGAGCCCUCAAGUGACAGUCCGCAAGAUAUUGUUGGGGUCGUCGAUGCUACAGCAUUUAGAGAUAACGAUGUUCUUCAGUACCUUCCUGGAGCAGCAGAAUAUCUCUAUAUUUCUGGGAUAGCUGUAUUGAAUAAAUUCAGGAGGCAGAAAGUUGCAACUGCUUUGCUUAAGGCUUGUGAUGUGCUUGCAAGAUUUUGGGGUUUCGAUUAUCUCGCCCUAAGGGCAUAUGAGGAUGAUUUUGGUGCUCGACGAUUGUAUACAAACGCGGGGUACAGGUUAGUUUCAAGUGAUCCGCCAUGGACAACUACGUGGAUUGGUCGAAGAAGGCGAGUUCUUAUGGUUAAACAGGUUUUACAUGAAUCAACUACUAACAUUCAUUGAAACAAAGACAUUGCUUCAAGUCUUUUGACAGUCACUCAAAGUACCUAUGAAUUGAAUUGUGUAAAUACAAUAUAGUUGUACAAAACUGUUUUGAUUGAUCUUCAGGAAAGAGUACUGUUUCUUGAA